CUUCCUCUCCUCUCUAGAUCCCUCAGCGCCUCCCCAUCCUAGCACCUCGGCGCCACAUCCCCGCCGCCCUCCAUCGCCGGAGCAAUCUCGCCGCCGCCCUCUCCCGUUCCAUCCCAGCAUCCACGCCACCGUCCCGCGCCGCAAACCGCGCCGCCGAGCGAACACUAGUGCCUCCCCAGGCGGUCGGAAUCGAGGACGACACAUCCCGGUCACGCACGCCUUCUCCCGUCCCUGCCUCCCUCCUCGACCUCAUACCGGUCUAUUUACCGGAGUUGCUUACGCCGGCGAAUUCCGGCGACCACCUCCCCAUGCUGCUGCCCAGCACCUCCCUGAACAAGCUGCAGCCCGGGAAGCGAUCAGGGUCGAGGUCGACACAUCCCGCAAUGGCUGCGGCGAGGCCGAUGAAUGGCGAGCUGCCGGUCUCCUUACCGGAGGUGCUGCCGCCGGCGACUUCCAGCGACCACCUCUCCAUGCUGCUGCCCGGCACCUCCCCGAACAAGCUGCAGCCUGAGUGGACUGAAAUAUGGCGACCUUACUUUGGCAGGGUGGAGGUUACCGAGGAGAGAUGCGAUGAAUCGAAGGUUAUGGAGAUUAGGUUCGGAAUGUGUGGUGCUUCUAGGAAUUAGUGGUGCUUUUCUGGUACUAGAAUGUGCUGCUGGUGGUGUAUAGUUGAUCUGGUGCUAGUUGUAUUUGUUAGUUCAGUUUCUUAAUAGUGGCAUUGGAGUGUUGCUUAGUUGUAUGUUAGUUCUGUUUCUUAAUACCUAUAUAUAUAUCCUGGCAUGCUAAUCCUGAUU